AUGUUCAUAUAUAUUCAUUGUGUGUUUCGUAUUCAGGACUUAACCUGGACUACACACCAGGAAAAAUACGUCUAUAAGCCAUGGAUUACCAGACGUUCCUUCCACUCAUCUAUACUAUCAAGAGCCAAACAACCUUUUCUGCUGGCUGACAUUGGUGAAGGUAUCCGAGAAGUUGAAAUUAUUCAAUGGUUUGUACAGCCAGGUUCGGUUGUCGAGGAGUUUGAUAGGAUCUGUGAGGUUCAGUCAGAUAAGGCAGCAGUGGAAAUCACAUCUCGAUAUGCAGGAAUGAUCAGUAAACUUCACUAUCAACUCAAUGGAGUUGCCACAGUAGGAGCUCCUCUGGUUGAUAUCGAGACUGCCGACGAAUAUGUGGAUGGACAAAAUACACCAGUUGCAGAGAAUGUUAAAGUACCAGAAAGUAUACCAAACACAAAACCAGUCGAGACACCAUUGGUAGAAAACAGAUCCAGAGAUCCAGGUGUUCUUAGUUUGGCUACUCCGGCUGUUCGAAGAUUACUUUUUGAAAAUAAUCUCGAGGUUACUGAAAUCAAAGGAACUGGAAAGAACCAAAGAGUGCUCAAGGAAGACAUUAUUCGCUUUUUGACCGAGAAAAAGGAUACUACAGGCAACCCCUCACAACCUGUCUUGAGUGUAGAUCCAAACAACCAGGGCACACCAUUGACUGACACCCAAAAAGUCAUGUUCCUGGCCAUGACUCACUCACUUGCGAUUCCUCAGCUGGGGUACAAAGAUGAAGUAGAUCUCACUCUCACAAAUACCUAUCGACAGGCCUUGAACAAGUCUAUUUCUGAUCAUCCUGGACGCCAUCCCUUCACCAAAAUAUCCCACCUACCUAUCCUUCUAAAGUCUCUUUCUCUAGCCUUAACCCAGUUCCCGAUCAUGAAUGCCUCCAUUACCACUUCAGACCAAGGAAGACUUAAUCAGGUGGUCUACAAGACCUCUCAUAACAUCGGCCUUGCCAUGGACACACCCCAAGGUCUUAAAGUCCCUAAUAUCAAGGACGUCCAGGACAAGAACUUGUUUGAGAUUGCGUCCGAGUUGCAUCGCCUGGUCAGCUUAGGUAAAAAGAACGAGCUCUCGGCUAGUGAUUUGACAGGUGCCACAAUCACAUUGUCAAACAGCGGAACUUUUGGUGGGACUUAUGCAAAUCCAAUGGUCUUUCCAUCAGAGCUGGCUAUUGUUGCGCUUGGAAAAAUACAGACCUUGCCACGACUGGAGAAUGGAAAGAUUGUUGCAAAGCAAGUAAUGCCCAUCAGUUGGGCUGCAGAUCAUCGCCUGAUUGAUGGUGCGACUAUGGCUCGAUUCAGUAAUCAGUGGAAGCAUUGGGUUGAGAAUCCAGCUAUUUUUACAAGUAUGCUUAAAUGA